GCUGCGCACUUUCAACAUUAGAACAGUUUCCAUAGGACUUAAUAACAAAAGCCACCAGCGCUGUCUUGAAAUAUACGCAUCUAUUAUUUUUUUCAGUUACUUUGUUCUUUGACUCCACUCGUUGGUCGUAACAAUUUGAAAAUGCCUUUUCUUGGACAAGACUGGCGGUCACCUGGUCAAAGCUGGGUAAAAACAGAAGAGGGAUGGAAAAAAUCCACACAGGACGAGAAAAAUAACAAUGUUUCCGAGUUGAACAGCUUUUCAAAAGAGGAGGUUUAUUACAAAGACAACAUCCUGCUCUCAUUGAACUAUGAUGUGGCUGCAAAAAAGAGAAAGAAGGACCUCUUAAACAACAACACAAAGAUUCCCUAUUUCCACAAAGACAAAUGGAUAUAUGUACAUAAAGGGAGCACAAAAGAGCGCCAUGGUUACUGCACUCUGGGUGAGGCCUUCAAUCGGCUGGACUUCUGUAGUGCCAUUAAGGACACCAGGCGUUUCAAUUAUGUCGUGAGGCUGCUGGAGCUGAUCGCCAAGUCCCAACUGCCGUCUCUGAGCGGAGUGGCACAGAAGAACUACAUGAACAUCCUGGAGAGGGUGGUGCAGAAAGUUCUGGAUGACCAGCAGAAUGUGCGACCCAUCAAGGAGCUCUUGCAGACGCUCUACAUCUCCCUGUGCAGCCUGGUCCAGGACAUGGGCAAGUCUGUGCUGGUGGGCAACAUUAACAUCUGGGUGCACCGCAUGGAGAAUAUCCUGCAGUGGAAACAACAGCUGGACAACAUUCAGAUCAAUAGGCCAACCACUACAGGAAUGUCCUUGACCGACUUGCCAGCCAGCCUCCACCUUAACAUCAUGCGCCGUCUCUCCGAUGGCCGCGAUAUUGUCAGCGUCGGCCAGGUGUGCCCCGACCUCGGUGACCUGGCAGAGGACCGGCUGCUGUGGAAGAAUCUGUGCCAGUACCACUUCACAGACCGACAGAUCCGCAAGCGUUUAAUGAUGUCUGAAAAAGGCCAUUUGGAAUGGAAGAAGAUGUAUUUCAAGAUGAGCAGGUGCUACCCUCACAAAGAGCAGUACAGUGAAACCCUGCAGUUCUGCACACACUGCCACAUCCUCUUCUGGAAGGACUCAAACCACCCAUGCACAGCCAACAAUGCAGAGAGCUGCUGUGUACCGGUAUCUCCACAAGGUUUCAUCAACCUCUUCAAGUUCUGAGGGGAGCUCUGCCAUCUGCCUGUACAUAUUGUCAAUAGUGCAAUGGAUUCCUGGAUGCCUUGAGACUGGGUAGGGGAAAGGGGUAGGGGUGGGUAAACGGGAGGGGAGGGGCUGUAUUAUGUAAUUUAUAUUUUCACUGGAGCGAGAAGAGACAGGAGAGACAAAGUGAAUGUGAAGUAGAAUGAUAAUAGAAUGUAGCACUUGGACGAUGCAAUUCUAUCUUGGAGAUAUUCUGUGUUGAUGAUUUCAGUUCAAUGACAAGUGCUCUAUGGUCUUUCUCAACAAAUGGAAUGUAUUGACUGACCAAUAAGGGAUUUGUCUGUGCUGUAAUUUUAAGAAGUGAUCUAAUUUAAUGGAAUCAGGAGUUGAAGUCAACGGAUACCUGUAUAACUGAUUUUUUUUUCAGGUAUUCAGAAAGCAAGGUUUUUUAGUUUUUUAGUCAGCAUGAUGAAAAAGUGUGUUUACCAAAAAAGGGCCUUGUAAUAUGAUGUGCAAUACUUUUCUAAUUGACUUUUGUGUUUUUCUUUUUUCACUUUUAUACAUUUCGUGUUGGGUAUGAAUGUGUUAAUUUGCUGAAUGACAGGAGUUCUUGAGUGCAUUGUACACUGUUAAACAAUAGAUUCACCAAGUGCCUGAAAAUAUUGCAAAUAAUCCUGAAAAAACUGAAGAUUUUCAAUUCCAUUUGUUUUUGUUUUUACAGUUAUUAGCAAGUUUUAAAACUUUGACAUGGACAACUAUUACAUUUUUGUUGUUGCCUUACUCAUUAUCUUUGAUCUCUGUAGGCAUUUUCACAACUAGAUGCCAAGUCCUGGUGGCCACAUGCCCGAUGCAGAAUUAUACCCACAAUCUUUUUCUUUUUGUUGUCAUUGUUUCUAGCUGAACAGUAUUAUGUUGGGUAUAAAAGCAUAAACUCUUAAAUAUAGACGGCAACUGCAUUAAUGCAGAUAAAUUCCCUGAAAUAUACAAUGAGGAAUUGCUAAAGAGUGUCAUGGGUGCUAUUUGUGGAAUAAAUAAUAUGCAAAAA